UUUUCCUAAUUGGGUCUAGCAUAUCUCUCAGCCCUGGCCGGGCGGGGCUGACGGAGCGGGAGCGGAGCCGGACGCCAUGUGCCUACCCUAUACCGGACGCGCAAUGCACCAACGCCGAUCCGUCGCGUCGGGAUUCAGCUUCAGCGCGUGGAAUUUCCUCUGCGCCCCUUUCCACGGAAACACAUCCAUCACCGGUCCAUCGAAUCCACGUCCGCAAUCAUGGCCGACCUACCCCCCGACCUGUUCGACCAGACAACAAUCAUCUCCCUCCUCUCAACGCUGGCCAUUGUGCUCGCCGCCUACCUCACCUCGUGCGCCGUGCUGCCGUCGAAAACCACGGGCCUCGUACGCUUCUUCUUCAUCUGGCAUCUCGCGGACGCCCUGUGCCACUUUAUCCUCGAGGGCAGCUUCCUCUACCACUGUUUCUUCUCGCACGCACCCGCCCUCGACGCUGCGGAGGACUGGUUCCCGACGCCAUUCAACUUUUUGGGAUGGGGUGCCGAGAGGGUCUAUGGCGCCCAGGCCGGCGGUGACAAUCCCUUUGCGCAGCUGUGGAUGGUCUAUGCGCGCGCGGAUAAGAGGUGGGCCGGCGUCGACCUGGGUGUCGUAAGCUUGGAGCUGCUCACCGUGUUCUUCGACGGACCCCUGGCCCUAUAUAUCUGCUACUGCCUCGCCAGGAAGGACCCCAAAGCCAGCAUCUGGAUGAUCGUCCUCGCCACCUGCGAGCUGUACGGCGGCUUCAUGACCUUUUGCCCGGAGUGGUUGAUUGGCAGCCUCAACUUGGACACGAGCAACUUUAUGUACAUGUGGGUGUACUUGUUCUUCUUCAACACGCUUUGGGUCUGGAUCCCGCUGUACAUCAUCUACUGGGCGGUGGGAGACAUUUCUGGGGCGCUGAGGGCACGCCAGGUCAGGAAGGACGUAUAGCCGGGGGUGAUGGAACCGUCAGGUUCCUGCUUGUCAAAGGCUCUUGUGUCAUAGACCAUGUGUUAUGUCAACAUGGACUACUGAUAGUCUCAGAAAAGACCAAAGGCCUCACAAGGUACAUCAAGCAAAUCACAGGAGCCACAAAGGAGUGUUGUCAAGGAGCCACAAAGGAGUGUUGUCAA